AUGGAACGCUGUUCGAAAGAAACAACGCCAUUGAAACGCAUUUUCAACGAGGAGUGCAACAGAGUGGCUCCAAACAUUGCUGCGCAGUUGUCGUACUGUCAAAUUGUCAGUACUAUGAAACGAGUGAGGAGGAAAAAUGUUCCUCCCAUUCCAACAGACUAUCGGCAACUUAAUGAGUACAUGAACGGGAGAUUUUCAGAUGAAGACGGAACACACUACUACCAUACUGUUUUAGGAGAAGAAGAUACAUGUAUGGCGUUUCCUAUCGUGUUUUGUUUAAUGAAAAAAAGGACGAUAUCUGCUUAUACCACACUGUUACGGUUUUUGAUAACAAGAUACGGAAAUAUAGCUCCUAAUCUCGUAAUCUCAGAUUAUGAAAAAGCGAUCAAGAGCGCUGUGAAAGAAGUGUUUCCGCUGGCAAUCCACAAGGGCUGUUGGUUUCACUUCACUCAGCCCCGCCGGACCAACAACUGCUUGGAAUCGUUCCAUCACCAACUGUUUGAUUGUGUUGGUAAAGCCCAUCCAAAUAUAUGGGAGUUUACAGAGGCGUUACGUGGUGUUGCUGGUUCUACGGUGCGUGACUACGCUGGAUUACAGAAAGGAAUUAGGCUCAUCCAGUACAGGAAGAGGAAAUGGGUUCUUCAAGAUCGAACCAUCAUGAAUGCUCAAGAACGAAUUGUCUUUGGCCAAAUAUCUGUAUUUGGAUUUCUAAGUGAAAUGAGUCACCACGUUGGUGUGCAACGCCCACUAACAACAGUUGGAGGUGCAGAAGAUGAACAACUUGUUUCUCUUGGUGACUGUCUUCCAAAUCAUACAGUGCCUUCAGAGGAGAACCCAGGGGAGCAGAAUCAAGUUUUUGAUGAAGAGGUUUUGGAGCCUAAUGUUGCUGGAAGGCGUCGGAGAGAAAACAUCUAUCAAGUUGAAGAAAACACAAACCAAAUCGACAGUGCUAAUGUAUUGGGUCUACCGGAAGCUAGAGCACGUAGGCCGACGACCAGUAGAAGAGGAAGGGGCCGAAGGACCAGAGGUAGAAGAGGAGGUAACCACCAAAUUGAAGAUGUGACUCCGCCACUGGCUGAGAUGCAGCGAGCACAAUCCGACGUAAGACCAUCGCGGUACAUAAAUUACAGGCUCGUGCCGACCAUCAAUGACACUACUGAAUUCAUGACAUCUCAUGAAAUCGAGCGGCAGAUUAGCGAAAUAAAAAUGGGCCUCGCUGUAAACGACGAAGGGGCUUCAGAACCAGGAAGUGGAGACACGCAUGGCCACACCUUGUGGACACAAUGUAGUGUGCAGGCCGUGCGCCAUCUCUAUGACCGAGGAUGAAACAUUUCAUCAGGUCACAAAUGGCGAUGGAACUAUUUUUACAACACAUAUACGCCUGCCACUAACAUGUCCUAUUUGUAGAGCAAUUGUU